GCUCCAGGGACACAAAGUCAGGAUACGUGCCCCUCUGGGGGCUCGAAGCUACUGGACUCGAAGCUGCCAGUGUCACUGUUUCUACAAUCAGUUCAGUUCUUCGCUGACGUCAGUCGGAGCUGUCCCGGUGCUAUAUAAGGCUGGCGGCGGUCCCGGGACCGACCCCGUGCUCCCCAAGGCGUCUUCAGCCCGUCCCCGGGGACAGAGACUGGAGCUCCAUCUUGCACUGGAUAGACACUCCGAUAACCUGGCAGGCGGCACCAUGAGGCAGAGGGGACGCGCUACGCUCCUGGUAGCGUUGCUGCUCCUGGCACAGCUGCGCCCGGAGAGCAGCCAGUGGAGCCCAGCGGCUGCGGCGGCGACUGUGGUCCAGGAUCCGAAUCUGCGAUGGAACCCCGGAGUGCGGAAUCAGGGCGGAGGUGUCCGCGCACUCCUCUUGCUGUUAGCGGAGCGCUUCCCGCGCCGCGCGGGAUCUGAGCCUGCAGGCGAGCGGCAACGACGAGACGACCCUCCGUUGUCCAUCGACCUCACCUUCCACCUGCUGCGGACCCUGCUGGAGCUAGCUCGGACACAGAGCCAGCGCGAGCGCGCAGAGCAGAACCGCAUCAUAUUCGAUUCGGUGGGCAAGUGAUCGGCCCCGUAUGGGGUCCAGAAAGCCUUGACCCUUUCCCCCACCUACCCCGGGGCUGGAGCGCGCACAACCGGAGCUGGCUCAGUCCCGCGGUGCAGCGCCGCCCAGAGUUACCCUGAACACUCUGACUGGAUAUUUUUUAAUAAAACUGCCCAAGAGCUUA